AUGCUGACUCGUUGUAUUACCGCUCUUGCUUUUGUAAUCUUAAUCCAUUUUGUAUCGAGAAUAUCUGGCCAUGCUUAUUUUAUUUAUCCAAUUCCUCGAAAUGUUUAUUGUGCAAAUUCAUCAUGUACUUCUAAUGGUACAUUGGGAGCACAAGGACCAGUUUGGACUUUACCAUCCAAUAGUACAUUGUCGAUGACAAGUGUAACGAGUCAGACAUCUUGUAAUGGCUCAUCAUUGUUAAUUAGUGCUCCAUUGGGUAAUACAUAUGAUUCAGGAUUUAAUGGAAAUACAAGUGUUUCAUGGUCAGCUGGUUCACUACAAACUCUUCAAAUAUUUAUUUCUGAAAUUCAUUCACCAGAAAAUCAAACUAUUUAUCCAACAGAUGGUUGGCAAAUUCUUUAUCGAGAUGGGACAAUUCCUAAUUCAACAUUUGCUCCAAUUUCAUUCCUUUAUGUAAAUGUAUCAACAACAUCAUCAAUUGGUCCUGCACCAGCUAUUGGAUUUCAAGUGGGACAAAUUGUUCAAGCUCAAAUAACUGUUCCAUCAGUUGCCACUACAGAUGGAAUAUUUCAAUUUUUCUGGCGUAAUAACGAAGUUGGUCCUGGAGUUAUGUGGUUAUCAUGUGCCGAUGUUACUAUUACUGCUACUGCUCUCGCUACUAUUCCAACUCCAUCAGUAUUAUCGAUCUUUUUCACGGCUUUUGUAUUUGUAUUCAGUGCAUCGAUAAAUAUUUAA